AUGGGCAAUGUGAAGGUUGCCUGCUUGGUGGCUGUGCUAAUGGCCAUGGUGCUUGUGGCCGAGGGGGCGAUAAGUUGCAGCACCGUUACUUCCAUUCUCUCUCCAUGCUUGAAUUACAUGAGAAAUGCUGGCACGGUGCCACCCCCUUGCUGCAACGCGAUGAGCACUCUGGAGGGGUCGUCUCCGACGACCGCGGACAGGCAGGCGGUUUGCGGGUGCUUGAAGAUGGCAGCGACGGCAAUCAAGAGGAUAAACGACACCUUGGUUCAGGGCCUGCCUAAUUCCUGUGGGGUUGAUAUGCAUUACACUUUUUCUGCUCAGACUGAUUGCAGCAAGAUCACCUGA